UUCAUAUGUUUUGGAGGGCGUUUACAUAGUUCAGACCAAAAUUUGGUCAUCCGCAAAAAUUUUUACAUGGACGUAGCGAACCAAACGCACAUUGAUUGUGCGUGAAGCGGUUUCAUAGAAAUAAAUUAAUUUUUCUUAGGUUUUAAUCGUAGGUUAGUAUGCUACGGUAACUGGUUUGAUUUUUGUAGGCGACUGGUGAGCUGAGGGGGGUUCCGAGGGCAGCCGCGGCAAGACGGCGCCAUUUUGCCAGGGACACACACACACAGGAACAGCAGCUGACGGGAGGCCCGCGCCGCCUGCGGGAAGGAACCUUCGUUUACGAGCGAGUCGCGAACGGCGGCCGCUGGGCCCGGCACAGCUGCCGCGAGUGUGUAGAGAGAGAGUGAAGCGCAGCGCCAUGAACGGCAGCGCCAGCGCUCUGCUCGACCGGGAGGAGCACGUCCUCAAGCUCGGGGAGAGCUUCGACAGACGCCCCACGUCCUCCUUCCACACCAUCCGAUAUGACUUCAAGCCAGCCUCCAUUGAUACGAGCUGCGAGGGUGAGCUGCAGGUGGGCAAAGGGGACGAAGUCACCAUCACUUUACCUCAUAUCCCCGGCUCAACUCCACCGAUGACAGUAUUCAAAGGUAACAAGCGGCCAUAUCAGAAAGACUGUGUUCUUAUAAUUAACCACGACACUGGAGAGUUUAUGCUGGAGAAGCUGAGCAGUAGUAUACAGGUGAAGAAAACCAGAGCUGAAGGCAGCAGUAAAAUCCAGGCACGUAUUGAGCAGCAGUCGCUGAGAGCAAACCAGCCCACGUCACAAUUCAGAGCCCCGACCAAACCGGCUCCUGGGGUUAAGAGCUCCCCCUCGAAGGACAACCCAUCCCCUGAACCCCAGCUGGAUGACAUCAAAAGAGAGCUGCGGGCUGAGGUGGAGGUCAUAGAGCAGAUGAGCAGCAGCAGUAGCAGCGGUAGCGGCUCCUCGGACUCGGGAAGCAGCUCUGGGAGCGGAGACGACAGCUCAAGCAGUGAUGCAGAGCAAGAAGCGCAAUAUGGCGCUCCCUCUCCGAGUCGUAAUACCGUAGCCAACGGGACGAGCAGACCACAGGGCAGCAACCAGCUCAUCAGUACGCUCCGGAAUGACCUUCAGCUGAGUGAAUCUGGGAGCGACAGUGACGACAACUGACCAGCAUACUUUGGCCUGGCUGUACUGUGUUGAAUGUGCUAAAAGAUAAUACUCUUUUAGAUGUUUUACAAUGCAUUUUUCUCAGCUGUUAAUUUUUUUUAUAUUCUUAAGUUGGAAUUCUUUGAUAUGGGUAUAUCGGAGGCCAUAUGUGCAUAUUCAAAGAUUGGGUAUUUAGAGGAACAUGUUGUAUCUGCUUCUCUUAUUUUUGCUAUUACCAUUGUUAUUACUAGGAAAUCUAGUAUGUUCAUGUUGAGGAGUGUUGCUUAUUGGAAGAAAUUAUCGUCAUCAAAUCUCUUCGGCUUUGAAGAGAUCAUAACUUUUCUUACUGCUCGGUUUUACAUCAGGGUCAUGCGCUUCAUUUUUUCAGAACGUUAGUGUGACGUUCUGUAUAGUUACCAUUGAACUUCUAUGUAAAUUUUAGUAUUGCAUUUUACUCAAGGUCUGCUUUUAAUCGAGCAGUCGUGGCUGAUAUAAAGGCACACCUUCACCUGUGUGCAAACAUAAUGAAGAGAUUUUACAACAUAAAAAUUAACAUUUUUUUUAUUUAGGGCUUUGCUGCUGUGCUGUUAUUCUGUUGUGAUUAUUCUUAAGUUCAGCCAUGCAGUUUCUGAUUAUUAAAAAUAGAUGGAAGAAUUAAUUGACAAAUGAAUGAACAGGCUGCUUCAGUGAACUUUCUGUUAUUUAGAUUCAUUCUGACUUAUUUAUAAAUUGUGAAGUAUUAUUCAGCCUUUUGACAGCCACUUGCAUGGCUGUUCCCCCCCCAAACUGUUAACUGCUACUGUCCCAUAGCACCCCUUGUGGUGUGGGGUGUUACUGUUUCUGAAGUGUUUUUACAUUAGUUUUACUCUCCUAAUUGUUAUUGUAUCACUCAUUGCUGAAGAUGUUGGAGUAACAUCACAUUGACCAAUUACAAAGUAUAUGGUUUCAAAAUGUUAAGUACAAUCAGCACUAUAAAUACAUUUUCCUGUUUUUAAUGAUUGAAGCAACAAUGGCACAGCUCAUUGAUUGCUUCUACAUAAAUGCCAUGAAGCUGGAGGGCAUUAUUUUGGAAUCGUAUGGUUAAUAUUGGUUGUGCACUGAGUCACUUGCUCCAUUUUCAAAUAGCAACUUGUACCCUGCUCCCUUCUAUCAAAGUAUAAAUUGUACAUAUGGAAAUAAAUUAUUUACAAUCUUGCUGA